AUGGAACAAAUUCUCCAACUAUUGUAGCCAUCGAAAUGUAUAAUUCUCCAGCUAUUCAUCACAUCUUUAAUCAUAAUUAUAGCCUCAAAAUUGGUAAAUCUAAAAGAUAAUUGCGAAUUCCCUUUAGAAGGCCUUUAUGCCUGUAUUUUCCUGUUUUAUGUUAUCCAUAAUGGUGGCAAAUAUUGAUGGUAAUUGAGAAGAAGAAAUCACCAUAAUGGAAGCAGCCAAUAUCUUUGGGUCCCAAUCUCACACAAACAUAGGGCUCCGACGUUCAUCAGCUUCGAAUGUUGCACUUGCACAAAAGUUGUUUGCAGAGGCUGUUGGGGCAUACGUGAUAAUAUUAGCAUGGUGUGGAUCAGUUACAAUGUAUAAGCUACUGGAUGACGAGAGCAUAGAAUUUGGAGGAAUAAACAUGACAUGGGGAGUAGUUGUGAUGGUCAUGGUUUAUUCCAUGGCACAAGUAUCUGGAGCUCAUUUUAAUCCUCUUGUCACUCUCAUUUUCACCAUCUUCCGUCGCUUCCCUUGGAAAUUAGCACCACUGUACAUAAUAGCUCAAUUAAUCGGCUCAGUUCUGGCAGGCGUUACUUUAGCACUAUUGUUAGAUAUCAACGUCAUAGCUUAUCUUAAGCAUCUUUCUAAAGUGGUUUGAUUAAGGGUUGGAAAAAAACAAAGUCGAGACCUAAUAGAGUAUAGGUUACUGCACAACCAUUUAACAACUUUUACAACGUAUGUAUUAGUAGAUGACAGUGGCUAGCUUCAACAAUUGGUUAAUAUAUCGUCCCACAAGGAAAGAUGCCACAACGCGGAAAUGAUGAUCGACUCAAUUAUUAGCGAUUUACGCAUUUCUCUUUGGCUUUAUUACGUCAAAUAGUUGAAUUUUUUUUUUUGGUUAAUGUACACACACUCAAUUUGCUUAAAUGUUUAUUUCAUUUAGUUUGUGGUUCUAUAAUGUCUGAUUAUUACUUUAAGAUCUAAAUGAGGAUUCUUUUUUUCAUUAAAUUAUUCACCCACGCUUUCACUUCCCAUGG